UUGUAGCUCAAAUGGUAGAGCGCUCGCUUUGCAUGCGAGAGGUACAGGGUUCGAUCCCCUGCAACUCCAGGUUACCGCAUUUUUCCCAACAUUGAUUUAUUUGUUUGGUUUUUCGGAUAAAAUCGAAACCUGGUUCCUUCCUGUUCCUCUAACUAAAAAUGUUGACAAGGAGAUUAGAACCCCUCCUUAAACCUUUGUCUAAUUCUCACCUCCGGCUCAUAGCCACCGAGUCAACUCACCCACAACUCACUAACCACCCUAACCCUCCCAACCCCAUAACCCCAAUCAACCAAUCAACUCUCCUCAAAGUCUGCACCAUCCUCUACCAACAGCAAAACUCACCUGACUCACGCCUCCACUCGUCCCUCUCUUCUUCCAAUCCUUCCAUCAACCCUGAAUUCUUCCUUCAAGUUUGCAACACUCACCCUUACUCAUGGCGCCCCAUCUACCGUUUCUUUCUCUACACCCGAAAGCUCCCCCACUUCACUCACAACUCCCUCACCUUCAACAAAAUGUUGGACGUCAUUGGAAAAUCCAGAAACAUUGAACUUUUCUGGGAAACCUGUCAAGAAAUGGGAAAACUCGGUUUGGUCAAUGAUAAGACUUUCAGGAUAGCUUUAAAGACUUUAGCUUCAGCUAGGGAGUUGAAGAAAUGCGUGGAGUUUUUCCAUUUGAUGAAUGAGUUUGGGGUUGGGUACAAGCUGGAGACUUUAAAUAAGGUGGUGGAAAGUUUGUGUAAAGAUAAGUUAGUGGAAGAGGCAAAGUUUGUGACUUUCAAGUUGAAAGAGUGGGUUAAGCCAAAUGGGGUUACUUAUAAAUGGUUGAUAUGGGGAUUCUGUGAUGUGGGUGACUUGAUUGAGGCUUCAAAGGUUUGGAAUUUGAUGGUGGAUGAAGGACUUGAGCCUGAUGUUGAGGCUGUGGAGACGAUGAUGGAGACAUUUUUCAAGACCAACAAGUUUGAUGAGGCAAUGAAGGCUUUCCAAAUGAUGAGAGUUGAGAGAAUGGAUGAUUUGGGGCUUUCAAGUUACAGGCUUGUGAUCAAAUGGAUGUGCAAAAGAGGCAAGGUUGAGCAAGCCAAUGGGGUGUUCGAGGAAAUGCGCCAAAGAGGGAUCCAAGCUGAUAAUCUGACACUGGCUUCGAUCAUAUACGGGCUUCUAGCAAGAGGGAGGAUCAGGGAGGCUUACAGGAUUGCGGAAGGGAUCGAGAAGCCGGAUAUCAGUGUCUACCAUGCACUAAUCAAGGGGCUGUUGAGAUUGAGGAAGGCAAGUGAAGCAACCCAGGUGUUCAGAGAGAUGAUAAACAGAGGGUGUGAGCCUAUAAUGCAUACAUACAUCAUGCUAUUGCAAGGGCAUUUGGGGAAGAGAGGGAGGAAAGGACAUGACCCAUUGGUGAAUUUUGACACAAUCUUUGUUGGAGGUUUGGUUAAAGCUGGGAAGACACUAGAGGCAACCAAGUAUGUGGAGAGAACAAUGAAAGGAGGAAUGGAGGUGCCUAGAUUUGAUUACAAUAAGUUCUUACACUACUACUCAAACGAGGAAGGUGUAGCUAUGUUUGAGGAGGUGGGGAAGAAAUUACGGGAAGUUGGGUUGUUUGAUUUGGCUGAUAUAUUGGAGAGAUAUGGGCAGAAAAUGGCCACUAGAGAUAAAAGAAGAGAGAGAUAUGGGCAGUAGAGCAACAAGGAGAACCUUCACAAAGUCAUUUCCCCUUUGCUUUUUAAAGGACAACCUUCCUUAUCUCUGAGACAAACUUCUUUUCAAUGGGGUUCUGAUAUCUCUUCUCCAAGCUUUGGCCAGCUUUUGGAACACUACUGCAUGUGCAUAGAGACAGAAGAGAAAGAGACAGAGCUUGUUUUUGAUCUAUUUGUAAUUAUCACAUUUCGUGGGGAAUUGCACAGCAAUGCUGGUUCAAUACAAAGGAUGAGUUCAAUAUCAAAUAAUAAAGAAAUAAACAAACUCAAAAUUAAGACAAAAGUAAAAAAAAAAAAAA